AUGGCACCUGGGCGCAGUCCCGAGCGAGGCUCAAGCAGCAGCAGAUCUGCAUCGGAUGAGGAACAGCCGCUUGUGACCGUGGUCCGUGCUGAACUUGUUCGUGGGCACCGCCCAGUGGUGGUUUCAGAGGUGCCUGUCUACAUCGGACUGAAAGACAGAGACGGAAGGCAGUUUGAAGACAAAGGAAACUGCCAACAUGUGCAAUAUCGAUGGCUUCGAGGGCCAGUCGUGAAGCCUUGCUUCUACCACCCUCACAAGCAGUCCAUGAUCAAAGAUGUAGCAAAGACUCACCUCUGCUAUUGUUCGAAGGAGUGCUUUUUGAAGGGGUACAACACCAUCCCCAAGACGCAGUGGGGCACAAAGGAUGAUGAUGAUGUAGACAAGGAAAUGCUUGCUGAGUGGGUGGAAGUGGCCACAACUCGGUCCUACUGCCCAAGCAAAGAGGACAUUGAUCGCCCGCUGCGUCUGCAAAUAACACCACUCACCAAGGGCGGCAUCAAGUCAGAGAAAGACGGCAUGACCAUUACAACUGGCACCGUCAUCCCAACUCCUCAGGAGGCACGCUGCCGUCGAACUCUGACCAACCAACGUGGUCAAAUCCAUGCAGAUUGGCUGAACAAGCAGUUCAAAGUGAUGAAUUGGAAUGUUCUGGCUGACCUCUAUGCAAAUGAAUCUGUCUAUCCUUAUUGCGAGAAGUGGGCCCUCUCGUGGACCUGGCGGAAGCAUUUGAUCAUGAAGGAGCUCAAGUCGAUGGCAGUUGACAUCAUCACACUACAAGAGGUCCAGAAGGAUGCAUACGACGAAUGGUUCAGGCCCCAGCUGUUGGACGCAGGCUACGAAGGUGUCUUUCAGCAGAAGAAGCGGGAUCCAAUCUUCCAUCGUGGGAAGUACACAGCAGAAGGCUGUGCGACUUUUUACAAAACUACUCGAUUCCGCCGAGUUGACAAGCAGGUCAUCGACUACGACCGUGAAACAUCCACUGAAAUUCGAAAUACUGGUGAUGACCAAAGGUGUCAGAACCUAUUCUGGAAGGAAAUAUCGCUUUAG